AUGAUAUGUGAUGAAGAAUUUAUUUACAAAAAGAAAUUACACAAAUCAGCUAAUUGCUCAUCUAUUAACAUUAUUGGUGAAAUUCAACUUGAAAUUAAAAUACAAGGGUAUAAAACUUUUAUUUUAGCAGAUGUUGCAACGAAUCUUAUUACUGAUCUAUUACUUGGAAACGAUUGGAUUACGACAAAUAAUGUUAUUAUUGAUACACCACAACGAUGCAUUUUUCUUACUGAUCAAAAACGCCAUAUUUUAACAGCAGCACAAUUCGUCAAACCAUCACAUCUUCAAUUACCUGUACUAUUAGCUGAUGAAAUUACCCUUCCACCACACUCCGAAAAAUGCAUUGAUAUUAAAGUAUUAUCAUCAAUGACAAAUAUAUCUGAAGCUUUAUUCGAACCAGCAGCAUAUUUAUAUCCGAAACAAAUCUUUCUUACGAAUGCAUUAAUUAAAUUAGAAGACAAUAGAAGUCAAAUUAUGAUUGUGAAUGCAAAUGAUCGUCAAAAGACAUUAUCGAAGAAUACUUCAUUUGGAUAUAUUUCAUAUCAAUCAAAAGUCAAUAAUUAUCUUAUUUUACCUGUACUAUCAGGAAAAAGGACUGAUCGAUCAACCAUUACAAGAACAAAUCUCUAUACGAGGAACCACUCCUUUGCGGAUCGUUCCUGGGUUCCAUCAGCAAAUCCAAAGAGGAAAGUCCGAUCUUUGGACUUAACCUGUCGGAUGGACAACAACGAUGAACAACAGUCUCAAUGUUAUGUCUGUCAAGAAAAAUUUUCAUCACGCAAUGAUUUACAACAACACUUACGUCAGAAAUGUUAUCCAUCAGAAAUGCGAGAGCAGAUUGGAAAAUUAACUCAACACAUCGAAAACACGAAACAACGACAACAAUUACAACAAAUUUUAUGGAAACAUGGGAAAUUAUUUGAUCUCCGGCAACCGUCCAUCAUUAAAGCUACAGUCCAUCAUGCUAUUGAAACUGGUACUCAUCCACCAAUUUAUACUUCACCAUAUCGUGUUUCAUACAAAGAUGAACAAAUCCAAAGGGAAGAAAUUGACAGAUUACUCAAGCAAGGAAUAAUUGAAGAAUCUAAAUCGCCAUGGUCAUCUCCAAUAGUAUUGGUAAGAAAAAAAGAUGGUUCUGUUCGAUUUUGUAUUGAUUUUAGGAAAUUAAACAAUAUUACGACCAAAGAUGCAUUUCCUAUACCUCGAAUUGAUGAUAUCUUUGAUCAUUUAUCACAAGCUGAAUAUUAUACAAUCAUCGACUUUAAAUCAGGCUAUUUUCAAGUUGGUCUGGACCCCCAAGAUCGUCCGAAAACAGCUUUCUUAACCCGAGAUCAGCAUUAUCAAUUUACAGUGUUACCUCAAGGUGUUGCAAACGGUCCACCAGCAUUUCAACGCAUUGUUAGUCAAAUACUUCGACCUACAAGAUGGCAAUAUUCAUUAGCUUAUCUGAAUGAUGUUAUAAUAUAUUCACCAACAUUCGAUCAACAUUUAACACAUCUUGAUGAUAUUCUCAACCGUUUAAAUGAUGCAAAUUUUCGUCUUAAUGUUAACAAAUGUCAAAUAGCAAAGACGUCGAUUGAUUAUCUUGGUCAUCACAUUGAACGUAGUAAUAUUAGACCGAAUGCAGACAAUAUUCGUGCAUUAUUGGAAACUCUACAGCCAACAACAGCAAGAGAAGCAUUUCGAUUCGUCAAAGCUGCUGAAUAUUACCGCAAAUUUAUACCUGUAUUUUCGACAAUUGCACAACCCUUACAUAAAUAUGCACCUACUACAAAAGAACAACGAUCACAAAAAUCACAAUCUACACCUAUUAUUUUAUCCGAUGAAGAACUUCAUGCAUUUAAUGAAUUGAAACAGAUAUUAACUAAUGAUUUAGUAUUACGUAUUCCCGACCAAAAUUUACCAUUUAAGAUACAAACCGAUGCAUCAAAAAUUGGAAUUGGAGCUGUACUUAUGCAAACUCACCCAAAUGGGGAUCUACCACUAGCUUAUUUAUCAAAGAAAUUUACAACAACCCAAAUGAAUUGGCCUGCAACAGAACAAGAAUGUUAUGCUAUUAUGUAUGCAAUCGAAAAGUGGCAUAAAUAUUUAGAUGGACGUUCAUUUACUAUUGAAACAGAUCAUAAACCAUUAUUACCAUUCAAUUUAAAACAACAAUUAAAUUCGAAAUCUGAUUAUUUAUCCCGUUCACCAGUAGAUAAUGGAACAAAUGAUGAAGACGAUUAUACUCCAACACAAUCUAGAUCAACACAAACUGAUAAUUGUAUGAAGACACAAAUUAUUGCACCUGUCAUGACUCGUAGACAAGCAAGACAACAACCUAAUGAGAGGACUGAUCAUCAUUUAUCAGAUCAGACCUGUGAUGAAAACCGACAAGCGAGGAAUGUCGACAUACCAAUCGACCAUUCCUGUAUUCCAAAAGCCAACCAACUACCGACAUCGAUCUACAACACCGACUGUGAUAAAAUAAUACCAUUUACAUUGGAACAAUUAAAAGAAUUACAAUAUCAAGAUGAUGAAAUUAACAACAUCAUUCACAACAUCAAGAACUACAAAGAAUAUUUUGUUAAAAAUAAUAUGUUAAUGAAAAAAGCAUUUCCACCAGUACCAGUUAUACCCAAGGGAGGAAUACGUUCCGACAUAAUUAAAAUUUAUCACGAUACACCUGCAAAUGGUGCUCAUUUCGGUCGAGAUCGAACUAUCCACAAAAUUCAACAACGAUAUUAUUGGCCUCAUAUGAUUUCCGACAUUCAAAAUUAUAUAAAAUCAUGUCUGCCUUGUUUACAAAACAAUCCUCUACGGCAGAAACCACCAGGUGCUUUGAAACCAAUCAAACCCCCGGAAGGUGUAUGGCAAUUACUUACAAUGGAUUUUCACGGACCGAUUACACCAACAACAAAACAUGGUAAUAAAUAUAUUAUUUUAUUAACUGACGUAUUAUCAAAAUUCGUAAUUAUGAAAGCAGUCCUUGAUUGCACUGCUUCAACUGCCGCACAAUUUUUGACAGAGGAAGUGAUCCUUAAAUAUGGCACUCCGAAAUGUAUUCUUACAGACAAUGGUACUCAUUUUACAGCAACGAUGAUGACUGAAUUAUUUAAGAAAAUUGGUAUUACACAUUUAUAUUCAACACCUUACCAUCCAAUGACUAAUGGACAAAUAGAAAGAUUUAAUGCAACAAUGGAUGCUAAAAAGGCAGCAUUAUCAAAUGAAAAACGUACGAAUUGGGAUGAACAAUUACCAUUUGUUACAUUCAAUUACAACACCACUAUCCACAAAACAACCGGACAAAUUCCAUUCGAAUUAAUAUAUGGUCGUUCGCCAAUUUUACCUUUCGAUCAACAACAACCAUUAGUUACCUUAUCACAAGAUCCGGAAUACGUGUCAAAAUUAAACCAAUAUUUAUUAACAUUAACUGAACAAACAAAAGUUAAAAUAUUAGAACAACAACGGAAAUAUAAAGACCGUUAUGAUCGAUAUCGUACCGAUCCAACUUAUAAAGUCGAUGAUCUCGUCCUUAUUAAAACAUUAAACAAGCGAAACAAAUUCGACAUACGAUAUGAAGGACCUUUCAAGAUUACACAACAAAUUGGAAGAAAAACAUUUAUCGUACAACAUAUUAAGAAACAUACAUUAAUACGACAAGUUACAAUAGAUGUCCUUAUUCCCUUAUAUGAACGCAAAUAUAUGGAUUAG